AUGUCCAAACUCGCCGUCAUCAUCGGCGUCACCGGCAAUCAGGGUGGUUCCGUUGCCCAGCGCUUCCUCCAGGACUCUCAAUACCGAGUCCGUGGUAUCACUCGGGACCCCGCCUCGGCCAAGGCCCAGGAAUUAUCUUCGCAGGGCGUCGAGAUUGUGAAAGCCGACCUCGAAGAUGUCGACAGUCUCGUUGCCGCUUUCCACGGCGCUAAUGUUAUCUUCAGCGUGACUAACUAUUGGGAACCCUUCUUCCGACCAGACCAUCGACAGGCAGCCGCUGACGCCGGGAUAUCCAUUCGCCAGCACGCCUAUAACGUUGAGCAUCGCCAGGGCCAAAACAUUGCCGACGCAGCUGCAACGGUGUUGGACUCACUGGACCACAAUGGCUUCCUCGCGUCGACGCUAAGCCAUGCAAAGAAAAGCAGUAAUGGCGUAUAUGAAGAACUAUACCACUUCGAUGCCAAGGCAGACAUUUUCCCAUAUUAUGUGCAGGAGAAAUGGCCGCAACUCGCAGCCAAGGCGUCGUAUAUCCAAACCGGAUUCUUCACCCGAAGCUACAAAUUAGUCCCCACAGCGUACUUCCAAAAGCAACCAGAUGGAAGUCGCCAUAUGCUUUUCCCAACUGAUCCGGACAGCCUCAUUCCGCACCUCGAAGUUAACCGCGAUAUCGGCAACUUCGUCUACGCCGUGUCCAAGAUGCCGCCGAGAAAACACUACAUGGCCGAGGGCACCACCUGCAGCUGGACCGAAUACAUUCGUCUCUUCACUUCCAUCACGGGAAUCUCAGCUCAGUACAAGCAGACGUCGCUAGCCGACAUGAUCGAGGCCGUGCCCGACCGGGAAUUCGGCCGCGAGGUCGGCGAUAUGCUUCUAUACUCGACGGAUCCGGGAUAUGAUGGCGGGGAUAAGACGCUUCUCAAGGCCACUGAUAUUCGAAAGGCCGGUAUCGACUGUCCGAUGACGAGCCUCGAAGAAUGGAUGAAAUUGGAGGAUUGGUCUGUCCUUGGGCCAUAA